AUGGUAGGUGUCAUGUUAACGUAUAUACUUGUUAUCCAUCUCAAAGAUUAUACGACUUCCCUCUCUCUCCCCCAACUGGUACAGUCCCCUGAGGUUCCUUGGAAGUUCAUGACCAAGCGUUUGAUAGCCAUGGAAGGCCAGUCUGUUACAUAUGUUGUCGACUCUAAGAACAGUGACAAGUCUGAGACUGUUGUGGUUCCUAAGGGGCAUGUUUGGAUAGAGGGAGAAAACAUCUAUGAGUCAAAUGAUUCAAGAAAAUUCGGGGCGGUUCCUUAUGGCCUUCUACAAGGCAGAGUCUUUUGGAGGAUAUGGCCACCUAAAGAUUUUGGAUCGUUGGCGCAAAACAAAGGGAAGGAUUCUAUCUCGUGAAGUACACUUAUUGAGCAUGCGCACUGUUAGUUCCUUUCAGUUUCGACUUAAAUAGUUGAUGUGAAGUUUUGCAAGAUAGUGAUAGCAAAGAGCAGAGAGAAAAGAGACCUUUCCAGUUAAGGGCGCGACAUUAUUGAUAGUUCACAGACAUCUUGAACCACAUUUGAGUUAUUGCCAUUCAAUUUUCGUUUCUGGAGAAAAAAAAUAUCUUGUAAAUCUUAGUCAAUUUUUGGUUUGAAAUUCUAUGAACAAGAUCCUAGAUUUCUGUGGUCCAAUCUGUAAAUUCACCGACAACUCAUAUUUUGGUAAUUCUCCUUUGAUGUAAAGGUUUGCUAUUUA